AGGUCCAAACUAUGGACGGAGGGCAGAUCACGAGGGCCUGCAGGAAGGGGGCGAAGCAGGUCGCCACCCUGGGGCCCGCCAGCGAGAGCGAGGAGAUGAUCGAGCGCCUUUUCCUCUGCGGCGUCGACGUCUUUCGGCUCAACUUCUCCCACGGCUCUCACGAAGAGAAGGUGGCGCUGAUCCGAAGGAUCCGUAGCGUGGAGGAGCGGUAUCAGCACCCCAUCGGCAUCCUCGCCGACCUUCAGGGCCCCAAGCAGCGUUGUGGGGUGUUCGCCGACGAGGAUGGAGUUGUCCUGAAAGCGGGGCAGCUGUUUCGGUUCGACCUCGAUGGGGCUCCAGGCGACGGCAACCGCGUGCAGCUUCCGCAUCCAGAGAUCUUGAUGGCCCUCUGCGAGGGCAAGACGCUGUUGCUCGACGACGGGAAGCUGCGGCUGCGUGUGAUCAGGCAGGGCUAUACAUGGGAGGGCAAGGACGUCGUGGUCGGGCAGGGAGCACAGAGGCCGAGCUCGUCCAUCACGGAGUGCCCUCCGUUCAUCGAGUGCGAAGUGGAAGUCGGCGGCAAGCUCAGCGCGAAGAAGGGCGUGAACACACCAGAUGUGGUGCUGCCCAUCUCGCCCAUCACAGAGAAGGACAGGAAGGACCUCAGCUUCAUCUGCGGGCAGGACAUCGACUGGGUGGGGCUGUCCUUCGUGCAGCGCCACGAGGACAUGGUCGAGCUCCGGGAGCUCAUCCGACGCUGCGAGGGGAAUGCGCCCAAGAUCUUGGCGAAGAUCGAGAAGCCGCAGGCGCUGGAGGACCUGGACAGGAUCCUGCAGGAGUCCGACGGCGCCAUGGUGGCCAGGGGCGACCUGGGCGUGGAGACGCCGCCGGAAGAGGUACCCUUCCACCAGAAGGACAUGAUCAUGAAGGCCCGCAAGCUCGGCAAGCCGGUCAUCGUCGCCACGCAGAUGAUGGAAUCCAUGAUCUCGUGCCCCACGCCGACGCGGGCGGAGUGCAGCGACGUCGCGAACGCGAUCAUCGACGGCUGCGACGCGGUGAUGCUCAGCGGCGAGGCCGCCGUCGGGAAGUACCCGGCCGAGUGCGUGGAGAUGCAGAGGCGCGUGAUCGCGAAGGCCGAAGGCUUCCACGAUCCAGCAGGCCUCUGCGCACGUCCGCCGACCCGCUCGUCCUAA